UGCAAUCAACGGCUCGUCCGUUCUUCGGGGGUAACUCGUCCAAGCCACACUUCCCAAGUUCCCGUCAUUUUUUAAAAAUCCAGACAACCAUGGCCACAAUGAGCGACAAUACAACGGGGAACUCUGCCACUCCUUUGUACCGGUCUCUCCGCGGAACGGCUCUCAAUUUCAUCGAAGCCCAAGCUGUGGAUAAUAGCCUCCCCGAACGUAUGAACUUCGCGCUUCUGCGCACUCAUUGUACUCCUAACUUCCAACACUCCUGGGGCCAUAAUUACGCCGUCUCCAUCACCCCACCUCUCCAAGGGUCACACUCUUUCGAUGAUUUCGUCAAACAUCUGAAUUUCAUGUUGCCCAAGUUGGAGUCGUGGAAAGCAGAUGUCACGAACAUCAUCGUCGACCCAGUGAUGAUGAAGGUCAUGUUACGGAUCAGCUUUUGGAUGCAAGCCAAGGGAGCGAAGGAAGCGGACAAGGUAGAAAACGAUUUAUUGUGGGAGCUAGAGAUGGAAGAAGUUAGUGAGGGGAAAGUGAAAGUCAAGAGAAGCGUUGAGUUCGUGGAUGGGGCUGCGGCAGGGAGGUUGAGGGAAGUUAUGAUGGGAACAGCGCAGGGUUAAUGGCGGUCACUUGGAACACAUGACGUUGCAAAGUAUGGUUGUGUAACUUUCUGUUAAUUCUGAUGUGUAGACGUUGAGGUCUCGUUCUUCUAUCUUGAGAUACCCAGUGAUCAGAUGAAUGCUUUCUAAAUCGAGUCAUACUAUGCCCAUAACUCCAUCGCUACCGUUCCCAUGCCACCGACCCAUAUCUUGUAGAGAGUUUCGUUGUGUAUCAU